GCUCAUCAUGUCUUCCAUCCUUGGGAAGAUGAAGAAAUUUGGCAGUUCUGACAUGGAGGAAUCUGAAGUGACAGAUGAACACACGGAUGGGGAGGACUCCAUGCUGGAAACACCUGACAGCCUCCAGGGUACACUCAGCACCAAGGUGCAGCCACCCAAAAGCAACAUCUUUGCAAGACGUGGGCGGUUUGUGAUGGGGGAUAGUGACAAGGACAUGGCUCCCAUGGACUCCUUUUACCAGAUGGAUCACCUGAUGGCACCUUCUGUCAUCAAAUUUCAUGCCAAUUUGGAGAGGGGGAAACUUCACAAGCUCCUAUCUACAGAGUCCAUCACAGGCUGCUCAGAAAAAGCUUUCAAAUUUUAUGACCGCAGAAGGAUCUUUGAUGCUGUAGCCCAAGGCAACACAAGGGACCUGGAUGAUCUGCUACUCUACCUUAAUAGAACCUUGAAGCAUCUCACAGAUGAUGAGUUCAAAGAGCCAGAAACUGGGAAAACCUGCUUACUGAAAGCCAUGCUGAAUCUACAUGAUGGGAAAAAUGAUACCAUUCCCUUGCUGCUGGAUAUUGCAAGGAAAACUGGAACUCUGAAAGAGUUUGUUAAUGCAGAGUAUACUGACAACUACUACAAGGGCCAGACUGCGCUUCACAUUGCCAUUGAGAGAAGGAACAUGUACCUGGUGAAGCUCUUGGUCCAGAAUGGAGCAGAUGUUCAUGCAAGAGCCUGUGGGGAGUUCUUCAGGAAAAUCAAAGGGAAGCCUGGCUUUUAUUUUGGGGAGCUGCCUUUGUCCCUGGCUGCCUGCACCAACCAGCUCUGCAUUGUGAAAUUCCUCCUUGAGAACCCCUACCAGGCAGCCAACAUCGCUGCUGAGGACUCCAUGGGCAAUAUGGUCCUGCACACAUUGGUGGAGAUUGCAGAUAAUACUAAGGAUAAUACCAAGUUUGUGACCAAGAUGUACAAUAACAUAUUGAUCCUUGGUGCCAAAAUUAAUCCAAUCCUGAAGCUAGAAGAACUCACCAACAAGAAAGGGCUGACUCCAUUAACCCUUGCAGCCAAAACAGGGAAGAUAGGGAUUUUCGCUUACAUCCUCAGACGAGAGAUCAAAGAUCCUGAGUGCAGACACUUGUCUAGGAAGUUCACUGAAUGGGCUUAUGGACCUGUCCACUCAUCUCUUUAUGACCUGUCCUGUAUAGACACAUGCGAGAAAAAUUCAGUGCUUGAGAUUAUUGCCUACAGUAGUGAAACACCAAACCGUCAUGAGAUGCUGCUGGUGGAACCCCUUAACAGGCUGCUGCAAGACAAGUGGGACCGGUUUGUCAAACACUUAUUUUACUUCAACUUCUUUGUCUAUACCAUGCAUAUCAUUAUUCUCACCGCAGCUGCUUACUACAGACCUGUACAGAAGAAGGAAAAGCCUCCCUUCACAUUUGGUCACAGCACUGGGGAAUAUUUUCGAGUGACUGGAGAGAUCCUGAGUGUACUGGGAGGCCUCUACUUUUUUUUCAGAGGGAUACAGUAUUUCAUGCAGAGGCGCCCAUCAUUCAAGACACUGAUAGUUGACAGCUACAGUGAGGUUCUUUUCUUUGUUCACUCCCUGCUCCUCCUGAGCUCUGUGGUGCUGUACUUCUGUGGCCAGGAACUGUACGUGGCUUCCAUGGUCUUCUCCUUGGCGCUGGGCUGGGCUAACAUGCUGUACUACACCCGUGGCUUCCAGCAGAUGGGCAUUUACUCUGUCAUGAUUGCCAAGAUGAUCCUUAGAGAUUUAUGUCGCUUCAUGUUUGUCUAUCUAGUGUUCCUCUUGGGAUUUUCUACAGCUGUGGUGACUUUAAUUGAAGAUGACAAUGAGGGGCAAGACACAAAUAGCUCUGAAUAUGCCCGAUGCUGCCAUACGAAACGAGGCCGCACAUCCUACAAUAGUCUGUAUUAUACCUGCUUGGAGCUUUUCAAGUUCACUAUUGGGAUGGGGGACCUGGAGUUCACAGAGAACUACAGGUUCAAGUCUGUGUUUGUCAUCCUUUUGGUUCUCUAUGUCAUCCUUACAUACAUCCUCCUGCUCAACAUGCUUAUUGCACUGAUGGGGGAAACUGUGAGCAAAAUUGCACAGGAGAGCAAGAGCAUCUGGAAACUCCAGAGAGCCAUCACAAUCUUGGAUAUUGAAAACAGCUACUUGAACUGUGUGAGGCGCUCGUUCCGGUCUGGGAAGCAAGUCUUGGUGGGGGUCACACCUGACGGCCAAGAUGAUUACAGAUGGUGCUUUAGGGUUGAUGAAGUGAACUGGUCCACAUGGAAUACCAAUCUGGGCAUAAUCAACGAAGACCCUGGGUACUCUGGGGACCUCAAACGAAAUCCCAGUUACUCUAUUAAGCCUGGCAGAGUUUCAGGGAAAAACUGGAAAACAUUGGUUCCGCUUUUAAGAGAUGGAAGCAGGAGAGAAGAGACUCAAAAACUACCAGAAGAAGUCAAAUUGAAACCUAUUUUGGAACCUUAUUAUGAGCCAGAAGAUUCUGAGACGUUGAAGGAGUCUCUUCCAAAGUCAGUGUAAUCUUAUUUUAUUUUUAAGAAGGUUAAUUCUAGUUGCCCAUGUUGGUCCUCACAAGCAGGGCAAUUAGAGCACUUCAUUCAUAGGAACAGGGAU